UUUUUAAAAAUAAAUUAAAAUGUCUAAUGGUGACCCCGAAACCAUUGCCGGUUAUGUCUUUUAGGGCCUUCAUGUGACUCCAUGCCCACAGUAAUGUGGUUGACUCUUAGUUGCCCUCUAAACAAGGGCAAUUAGGGCUGGGCAAUAAAUGCUGGCCCAGCCCGUAACACCCACAUGCCAUGAACGAAUAAGAACAACUCUAGGAUGUAGACUAUCGGCUCUUGGAGACUUGUCAGCCUCAUGUCCCUUGGACUUUUUCUGUAGUGACAUUGAUUGUUUUCAAUCCCUCCCUCCUUUUUGCCCCUUGAUUUUCUACUAUUAUUACAAUGCUUUCAGUGUCUUCUUGAGUGCAGCAUAAACACCAGCAUAGACUGAUGGGCUAAAUGGCUUUUCUGUGCCGUGUCUCCUAAGUACUGGUAAUUAUCUUGGGAGGAUGGGGCUUGUUGGAAAAGGUUGGUGAGCAUUUACUGUGUAGAAUGGAGGUAAGGAAUAUAUACAGACUGCAGAGGAAUGGGAAGAGCUGAGGCUGCAAGUUCAGCACCAGGAGCUCUGAACUCCUCAGGUAGUCCGCGCCCGUCGUUCCCCAUCUUCAGCGUAAACCGGUUAAAUUGAAUCUCUCUUUGUCCUCCAGGCGUGGGUUUCCCUUUUAACUGGGUAUCAGACGCAAAGGGGGAGGGCCUCCUAUUGACAGCCGGUUCACACAUGUGGUGGGGAGAGCGGACAUCCUUACAGGGGUAAUGCAACAUUGGGAGUCGGUCUCAGGGUUUCAUUUGGUGUUGGAAAGAAGAAGUUGGGGGCGUCAUCUGCGAUGAGGUCACAGCACGAGGUCAUCAGCUGGUGGAAUCCUAGCUUCCUGUAAGAAACACUUCGAGCUGCUUGCUUCAUCCUUCAAUGAUGUUCAACCAAUGCGACAAGGACAUCAGACCAUUGGCUUUGCAAAUAGCAGGUGAACUGUCUCAAGAUGAAAGUGCCACCUUAGUGUUUUUGUGCCUGGAUGUUCUCAAAGAUUGUUCAGCCACUGGGGAAGUGAAAGACCUCUUCGAGAUCCUGAGCAAGCAGAACCUGCUCAGGGUCGAGCUCCUCACUGAACUGCUUUACCGAAUAAGGAGAUUUGAUCUUCUGAAAAAAUUGAAGGUUGAUCCGGUGUGUUUUGAGAGAAGUUUGAACAGUGGUCAUGGAUACAUUUCUUUAUACAGGCAGCUGCUGAUGGACAUCAGUGAAAAUCUCUCUCAAGAAGAUUUCCAAUCUAUUUUGUUUUUAUUACGCUGUCAAGUACCAAAAGGCCACCAGGAAACCAUGAAGACUUUCUUAGAUUUAAUUGUGGAAAUGGAGAAACUUGGCAAGGUUGACGUGAAUAAUUUGGAAGUGGUGGAAGAUUGUCUGCAGAGUAUUGGGAGAAUUGAUCUGAGAAAGAAGAUCUUAAAAUACAAACAGAUGGCUGAAUCUCCGGGAGCUCAUUCCGUGCGAAGAGCCAAUGCGUAUCAGAAUGUCAUCCCAAUUUCUGUUCCCUGUCAGGAACAGGAAUUUGGCCCCGAACACUUUGAACGAAAUUGGCGAGUGAGCACUCUGCUGCCACUGGGAACAGGCUGUAACACCAGUCAGUUAUUGAGACAACAUGUUCACUCAAACUGCCCAAGAUCAUCAGUGACCUCAUCUGAAGAGCAUCGUUCAGAGGUAUUGAGGAACCCGGUGGCUGAGUUGGCCCAGGCUGCAGGAACAGCAAGUGCAGCUCCGCAGGUUGAGCUGGAGAUGUACAGGGUGCAGAGUAGACCCCUUGGCCUCUGUUUAAUCAUUGAUUGUAUUGGAACUGAUGCAGAUUUACUGAAGGUAACAUUCGAGGCGCUGCAGUUCCGGGUUGACCUCCACUUGCACGUUGAGCUGGAUGAGCUGAAGCGGAUUCUGAGAGAAACCUCCCAGCGGGAGGACCUGGCUGCCCUCGACUGUUUUGUGUGUUGCAUCGUGAGCCGAGGGACGGUGGAAAGUGUGCUGGCCAUCGAUGGGAACAGCCCCGGCCUCUCGUUUGACCAAAUCCAGCAGUAUUUCAAAGGGCAGAACUGUCGGGCCCUGCUGGGGAAGCCCAGACUCUUCUUUGUCCAGGAUUUCCUCACGACCACGGCAGACACUGAGGAUGAAUUGGAGACGGACAUUGUUUGGCGUAAUGGAGGGCCGGUACAAGCUGACAGCCGUGUCUGGAAGGAAGUAGUUCCUCAGGAAGCAGACAUCUUGUGGAGUUGCUGCCGGGUGUCUGAGCAGCUGCUCCUCCAGACACCCCAACAACCAUCGUCAUUCGUGCGCGCGCUGUCACAUUGUCUGCAGGAACAUCACAGGUGUGAUUUGAUAUCGAUGCUGACUGAGGUGAACAGGCAAACGAUGCUGAGAAACCGUCAACUGACCGGUGAGGAGCCAGCCCCCCUGGUUCUCCGACACACCCUGAGGAAGAAGCUCGUCUUCCCCUGAGGGGCACUCUCAGCUAUCACAUUAUUCACGUUAGAACACAAGAUGAAACUGUCUUCACCACUACACGAGCAAUCUCCUAACAAUGGUGCCUGAGCACCUAAACGAGCAUGGCUUGAGGCUCAAUCAGGAGAGGAGAAUCAGAUCGACUGAGGGAUCUAGGCUGGGCAAGUGGGAUCUUGGAGCAGGGUAGAGGGACCAAGGGAGGGAACGAUCUAGAGUGGGGUAGAGGGAAUAAGGCAGGGAGGGAUCUAGACCAGGGUGAAGAGAUUAAAUUCAGGAAGGAUCUAGACUGUUGUAGAAGGAUUAAGGCAGGGAGGGAUCAAGACCAGGGUAGAGGGAUUAACGCAGGGAGAGAGCUGGACCAGGAUAGGGGGAUUAACACAAGGAGAGACAUAUAUGUAGGGGGCUUUGGGCAGGAAGGAAUCGAGAGCAGGUUAGGGGGAUUAGCACAGGGAGAGAUAUCGACCUGGGUAGGGGUAUUAAGGUAGGGAGGGAUCUAGACCAAGGUAGGGGACUAAUGUAGGGAGGGAUCUAGACCGAGAUAGGGGAUUAACAUAGGGGGGGAUCUAGACCGAGGUAGGGGAUUAACGUAGGGAGGGAUCUAGACCGAAGUAGGGGAUUAACGUAGGGAGGGAUCUAGACCGAGGUAGGGGGAUUAACGUAGGGAGGGAUCUAGACCGAGGUAGGGGAUUAACGUAGGGAGUGAUCUAGACCGAGGUAGGGGAUUAACGUAGGGAGGGAUCUAGACCGAGGUAGGGGAUUAACGUAGGGAGGGAUCUAGACCAAGGUAGGGAUUAAUGUAGUGUGGGAUCUAGACCAGGAUAGAGGGGGCGUAAGGCAGGGAGAAAUCUGGAGUGGGAUAGGGGAAUUAAUGUAGGGAGGGAUCUAGACCGAGGUAGAGGAUUAAUUUAGGGAGGGAUCUAGACCGAGGUAGAGGAUUAAUGUAGGGAGGGAUCUAGACCGAGGUAGAGGAUUAACGUAGGGAGGGAUCUAGACCGAGGUAGGGGGAUUAAUGUAGGGAGGGAUCUAGACUAAGGUAGGGGAUUAACAUAGGGAGGUAUCUAGACCGAGUUAGGGGAUUAACGUAGGGAGGGAUCUAGACCGAGGUAGGGGAUUAAUGUAGGGAGGGAUCUCGACCGAGGUAGGGGAUUAAUGUAGGGAGGGAUCUAGACCGAGGUAGGGGAUUAACGUAGGGAGGGAUCUAGACCGAGGUAGGGGAUUAACGUAGGGAGGGAUCCAGACCGAGGUAGGGGAUUAACGUAGGAAGGGAUCUAGACCGAAGUAGGGGAUUAACGUAGGGAGGGAUCUAGACCAAGGUAGGGGAUUAAUGUAGGGAGGGAUCUAGACCGAGGUAGGGGAUUAAUAUAGGGAGGGAUCUAGACCGAGGUAGGGGAUUAAUAUAGGGAGGGUUGUAGACCAGGGUAGAGGGGGAUUAUUGCAGGGAGGGACCUAGACCAGUGUAGGUGGCUUAAGGCAGGGAGGGAUCUAUUGUGGGGUUGAGGGAUUAAUGCAGGGAGGGAUCUAGACUUGGGUAGGGGGAUUAAUGUAGGGAGGGAUCUAGACCAGGGAGAGAUCCAGACACCAUGGCAGGGAGAGGUUAAGGAAUGCUGUGUGGGUUAUUGGAAGCCUAGAAUGCUGUAUUACACUUCAUCACUUAAUAAAAUAUUGUACUUAA